GCGCUUUCAGUCAGACGUGUUUUCGCUGGUUUUUCCGCGUCGGUCCGCCUUAUCUGCGCUGCGCUGGCACUUCGGUGGAUAGAGGGAGACGGAGGAGCGGUACACGACUUCGUGCAUGACGCGGCGCCCUGGAAAAUUGCAUUUUCAUACGGUUCGAGUGGAUAAUUUAUCGCCGAAAUGAUGGCCAAUUUAUUGGCCUGAAUGCGGUGGGCGUGGGGAAAAAGUGAAAAAAGUGUCUGGAAAAGUGCGAAGAAAUCGACAAUCGUGUUGUGCGUUUUGUUUGCCUUUCGCUGUCGCUGCGCUGCGACUGCGCUGCCAGGGGGCGGUUAACGGGAUCGCGGGGGCGGGAAAGCCAAUUGUUGACGUUGUUUCGCGUCUUCCCUCUCUUUCUCUUAACCGGAAUUGUUUGUCGCGUGUUUUUUACUCUGUCUUAUUGACAAGCCAGGCUCUGCCUCAGCCUCUGCCGGCGUCGCUGCCCCGGCAUUGUUAUUGUUAUUGUUAUCGUGUGCGGUUUCUGCCUCCCUCUUCUGCUUCUGCUUCUUUCUCGCCGUAUCCCCCACUUAUUGUUAUUCUCUUUUCUGCGGCUAAGUGCGCGCACUCAAGGUGAAAAUAUAUUAAGUUCUUUCGAGUGCCCCCGAGUGUUUGCAUUUGAAUAAAAUAAAUAUAAAGUCAAAUUCGAUUUACGAUCGUCGUCUAUCGGCGGAUGAUUCAAUACCCCGGCCAGUCCAGCGGCAGUUUUUCGGAUACGUAACCGAAUUCCCAGCUACUCUCUGCGGACAUAACGACAAAUCAUUGCAAUUAACUCGCGUAACCGACUGCGCCCCCCGAACAAUAGCUCCCAGCUCAGAAACAGCAACAGGAGCAGCCACGAGGGAAGCAUCGGGCGGAGGCCCAUUGUUGCGCCACCCGGCGGCAGCCACUCUACACACUCGGCACCCCCGACUCAGAUCCAAUCCUCACCUCGAGCCCUAACCCCCACAAGGCCACAGACAUGGGCGACAACAUAAUUGGCUCGGCAAGCUUCCUGCACUUGGGGGACAUUGUGUCCCUGUAUGCGGAGGGCAGCGUUUGUGGUUUCUUGAGCACACUCGGCCUGGUGGAUGAUCGCACAGUAGUGUGCCCCGAGGCUGGAGACCUGAGCUGUCCGCCCAAAAAGUUCAGGGACUGCCUCAUCAAAAUAUGUCCCAUGAACCGAUAUUCCGCACAGAAGCAAUUUUGGAAAGCAGCCAAACAAUCGGCCAGCUCCAAUACAGAUCCCAAUCUGCUAAAACGUUUGCAUCACGCUGCGGAGAUCGAGAAGAAACAGAAUGAGACGGAGAACAAAAAACUGCUGGGAACGUCAAUCCAAUAUGGACGGGCUGUGGUGCAGCUUCUGCAUCUGAAGUCCAACAAGUAUCUGACGGUCAACAAGCGGCUGCCGUCGCUGCUGGAGAAGAAUGCCAUGCGCGUUUACCUGGAUGCCAAUGGAAACGAAGGCUCCUGGUUCUACAUAAAGCCGUUCUACAAGCUCCGCUCGAUUGGAGACUAUGUGGUGGUAGGCGACAAGGUGAUCCUCAGUCCGGUGAACGCCGAUCAGCAGAACCUCCAUGUUGCGGCCAACUACGAGCUGCCCGACAAUCCCGGCUGCAAGGAGGUCAACGUCCUCAACUCAUCCACCUCGUGGAAGAUCUCUCUGUUCAUGGAGCACAAGGAGAACCAGGAGCACAUCCUCAAGGGUGGCGACGUGGUGCGCCUCUUCCACGCCGAGCAGGAGAAGUUCCUCACCAUGGACGAGUACAAGAAGCAGUACCACGUCUUCCUCCGCACCACAGGACGCACCAGUGCCACGGCUGCCACCAGCAGCAAGGCUCUCUGGGAGAUCGAGGUGGUCCAGCACGACUCUUGCCGUGGCGGUGCCGGCGACUGGAACUCCCUAUACCGGUUCAAGCACCUGGCCACGGGCCACUACCUGGCAGCCGAGGCGGAGGUCGAUCUGUCGACCGGAGCUAUUUCUGCCGCUUCGGGACACGAACUGCAUUUGGGCGACUGUAGUAAGGACUCGGGCCUCAGCUGCUCCACCAUGAACUCCACCAUAAAUGACAAGCCCAAGGGCAAGCAGUACCGACUCGUGUCCGUUCCGUACUCUGCGGACAUUGCCUCUGUGUUCGUCCUGGAUGCCACCACGAUGGCUCGGCCUGACAGCCUGGUGCCGCAGUCGAGCUACGUGCGCCUGCAGCACAUCUGCUCCAACACUUGGGUCCACGCCACCUCGAUACCCAUCGAUGCGGACGACGACAAGCCGGUGAUGUCCAUGGUCUGCUGCUCGCCCAUCAAGGAGGACAAGGAGGCCUUUGCUCUGAUUCCGGUGUCUCCGGUGGAGGUGCGCGACCUGGACUUUGCCAACGAUGCGUGCAAAGUGCUGGCCACGGUCACCAGCAAGCUGGACAACGGCAGUAUCUCCAUAAACGAGCGGCGCGCGCUGAUCUCGCUGCUGCAGGACAUAGUCUACUUUAUAGCCGGAAUGGAGAACGAGCAAAACAAGACGAAGGCACUGGAGUUCACCAUAAAGAAUCCUAUCAGGGAUCGGCAGAAGCUGCUGCGCGAGCAGUACAUCCUCAAGCAGCUGUUCAAGAUCCUGCAAGGACCUUUUCAGGAGCACACGGCCGGCGACGGUCCGUUUCUGCGGUUGGACGAGCUCAGUGACCCGAAGAACAGUCCGUAUAAGAACAUCUUUCGACUGUGCUACCGAAUUCUCAGGCUGUCGCAGCAGGACUACCGGAAGAACCAGGAGUACAUCGCCAAGCACUUUGGCCUGAUGCAGAAGCAGAUUGGGUACGACAUCCUGGCCGAGGACACCAUUACGGCCCUGCUGCACAACAACCGCAAGCUGCUGGAGAAGCACAUCACCGCCGCCGAGAUCGAGACCUUCGUUGGUCUGGUGCGGAAGAACAUGCACAACUGGGACUCGCGCUUCCUCGACUACCUCUCCGAUUUGUGCGUGUCCAAUCGCAAGGCUAUCGCCGUCACCCAGGAGCUGAUCUGCAAGAGCGUGCUGAGCGACAAGAACAAGGACAUACUCAUCGAGACGCAGGUGAGGGCUUUGCGGAGCGGGUCCACCUCCGCUCGCUGCUACAAGGGAGCCUCCGAGGACGUGUGUCUGGCCACUCUCGCCGAGGUGACCGGCGACGAUGAGGAUCGCUCGGAUGUGCAAUCCACGUCCACCACAACCACCUGGGACAGCGCGAGCCUGAACGAGGACGAUCUCAGUCUCUCGACGGUGGAUAAGUACGAAAUACACCUGAAGUGGACAGGACAGCCGACUUCCCGGUCCAUGGCUGAUUUGGCCAACAGCGAUGGCGGCGAACAAGAGGCAGCCAUACUGAACUACUAUCGCCACCAGCUGAAUCUGUUCUCCAACAUGUGCCUCAACCGGCAGUACUUGGCCCUAAACGAGCUCUCGCCUCGUCUGGAUAUUGAUUUAAUUCUCAAAUGCAUGUCGGAUGAGACGAUGCCCUACGAGCUGAGAGCUUCCUUCUGUCGGCUCAUGUUGCAUCUCCACGUGGAUCGCGAUCCCCAGGAGCCAGUAACUCCCGUGAAGUAUGCGCGCCUCUGGAGCGAAAUACCCUCAAAAAUGUCAAUAAUGGACUAUGACGGUAAGAACCAGCAGCCCGACCAAAACAAGCAAGCCUGCCGGGCCAAGUUCAACACUACCAUCGCCUUUGUGGAGAACUAUCUGUGCAAUGUGGCCACCAAAGUGUGGCUCUUCACAGAUCAGGAGCAAAACAAGCUCACAUUCGAGGUUGUUAAACUGGCUAGGGACCUUAUCUAUUUCGGAUUCUACAGCUUUAGUGAUCUUUUGAGGCUCACCAAGACGCUUCUGUCCAUCCUGGACUGUGUAUCCGAUACCUCAUCGGGGGCCUUUGCCAGCACGGAUAUUGAUUCUGUCGAAGAGGAGACAAGCACAGAGGCCGAGGGCGGAGUUCUGCGCUCCAUUGGGGACAUUAACACAGUGAUGACUUCGCUGGCCCUGGGAUCUGUGGGUCAGGCCAUAGCUGCUCCCAACAUCUCGCUGCAGCAGCGAAAGUCCGUCUCCCAGCUGAUGAAGGAGUAUCCCUUGGUGAUGGACACCAAGCUGAAGAUAAUCGAGAUACUCCAGUUCAUUUUGGACGUACGCCUGGACUAUCGGAUCAGUUGUCUGCUCUCCAUCUUCAAGCGGGAGUUUGACGAGUCCGAGGUGGCUGCUUCGGCCGCCAACAAUGAGGCGGCUCAGCAGCAAACCCAGCCGCAGUCGCAGACGCCCGGAAGUUCCCAUGAGACCGAUCCCCUGGAAAGUUCAGAGUCCGUGGCCGCUGCCGCGGCAGCAGCAGCCGCCGCCACAGCUGCCCGCCAGAAGAACAUCGAUCUGGAGUCCAUCGGUGUGCAGGCGGAGUGCAUCUUCGACUGCGAACGCAGCGAUGCAGCUAAUCUAGACCUGGAUGGCCAGGGAGGACGCACCUUCCUGCGUGUCCUGCUCCACUUGAUCAUGCACGACUACGCGCCACUGGUUUCUGGUGCCCUGCACCUCCUCUUCCGGCACUUCAGCCAGCGCCAGGAGGUCCUCCAGGCCUUUCGACAGGUGCAACUGCUGGUAUCGGACAGCGACGUGGAGUCGUAUAAGCAGAUCAAAUCCGACCUUGACAUCCUGCGACAAAGCGUAGAGAAAUCCGAGCUGUGGGUGUACAAGGCCAAGGCCACGGAUGAACUGGACGCCGGAGGUGACGCCAUCAACGUGGAGUACAAUGCCGCCUUGUCCCAGGAGCAGCGGAACGAGUAUCGCAAGGUUAAGGAGAUCCUCAUCCGCAUGAACAAGUUCUGCGUAACUGCCUCCGGUCCGGGUUCUGUGGUAAAGCCGCGGAAGCACGAACAGCGCCUGCUUCGCAAUGUCGGCGUCCACACCGUCGUCCUGGAUCUCCUCCAGAAUCCCUACGACGAGAAGGAUGACGAAUUGAUGAAAGAACUAAUGUGCCUGGCGCACGAGUUCCUGCAGAACUUCUGUCUCGGAAAUCAGCAGAACCAAGUCCUGCUGCACAACCACCUCGAUCUGUUUCUUAAUCCGGGAAUAUUGGAGGCGAAGACCGUGUGUGCCAUCUUCAAGGACAACCUGGCGUUGUGCAACGAGGUGACGGACAAGGUGGUGCAGCACUUCGUGCAUUGCAUCGAGAUCCAUGGCCGCCAUGUGGCCUACUUGCAGUUCCUGCAGACAAUUGUGCGGGCAGAGAAUCAGUUUAUCCGCCGCUGCCAGGACAUGGUGAUGCAGGAACUGAUCAACUCUGGCGAGGAUGUCCUGGUCUUCUACAACGACAAGGGCUCCUUCAACCACUUUGUGCAGAUGAUGCAGCAGCAGAUGCUGCGCAUGGAGAAGCUGAGCGACGACAGCCCCCUGAAGUACCAUGUGGAGCUGGUGAAGCUCCUGGCCUGCUGCACCAUGGGCAAGAACGUCUACACGGAGAUCAAGUGCAACAACCUGCUCUCGCUGGACGACAUAGUGACCAUCAUCUGCCACCCGCUCUGCAUGCCGGAGGUGAAGGAGGCCUACGUGGACUUCCUGAACCACUGCUACAUCGACACGGAGGUGGAAAUGAAGGAGAUCUACGCCUCGGGUCACAUGUGGAACCUGUUCGAGAAGAGCUUUCUGGUGGACAUCAAUCAGCUCAUCACAAAUCCGGCCGCCGCCAGCAACAAAACACUGCAGGCCUACGUUCUGAAUGGAGUAACAAAUCUCCUGGGCAGCUUCUUCGCCAGCCCCUUCUCCGAUCAGAGUGCCAUCGUGCAGUCCCGCCAGUUGAUCUUCGUGCAGCUGCUCCAGGCUGCCCACAGGCUCACCCAGUGCCGCUGGCUAUCGCUGGGCGAUCGCUUCAACGUGGAGAACUGCAUUCGCACGUUGACCGACUCGGCCAAGAUGCGUAGCAUCUCGUUGCCUCCCGAGCUGGAACAGCAGGUGGCCACCAUGUCCAGCAAGACGGCUAUGCUGACGCGACAGACCACCAAGUGGCUGCUGGCCUCCAAGCAGCCCAAGUACGAGGCUCAGCAGUCGGCCAGUUUGAUGCGCUGGGACCGCUCAAUAAUCGAAGGACUGCAGGACAUCGUGUCCCUCUUGGAGGACCAGCUCAAGCCGGUGGUAGAGGCGGAACUCUCGCUGCUGGUGGACAUCCUAUACCGCUCGGAGCUGCUCUUUCCCGCCGGAACAGAAGCCCGGAAGCGCUGCGAAAGCGGCGGCUUCAUCCGAAAGCUGAUCAAGCACACCGAGAAGCUGCUGGAGGAGAAGGAGGAGCGUAUGUGCGUCAAGGUUCUGCGCACGCUGCGCGAAAUGAUGGCCAUCGAUGUGAACUACGGCGAGAAGGGCGAUGCUCUGCGUCAAACGCUCCUGCUGCGCUACUUCCAAAGCAAGAGCUCGCCUAGGUUGCCGGAGGAGGAGAUACCCCUGCUAGCCGCUCCCCUGGCCGAUCCUGCCAAGCAGCACCACCUGGUGACCCAUGGACCGGGCGCUAAGUAUCUACAGCGAGCGGGCAAAACGCUGCAUGAGAUGCAGAACCAUUUGGACAGAGAAGGAGCCUCCGAUCUGGUGGUCGAACUAGUUAUCAAGUCCGUCCACUCGCCAAACAUAUUCGUUGAGGCUGUGGAAUUGGGCAUUGCUCUGCUGGAGGGCGGCAAUCCCAUAAUACAGAAGGGCAUGUUCCAAAAGUUCCUGAGCGACGACCUCAACCAGGCCUUCUUCAAGGUUUUCUUCGAGAAGAUGAAGGAUGCUCAGCAGGAGAUCAAGUCCACCGUGACGGUGAACACCACCGAUAUUGCCGCCAAGGCGCACGAGCACAAACAGGACGCCAGUCUGGAGCUGGACAAGAUCUCUCGCAAGCAUGGCCUCAAGAGCAACGGAGUGGUUAUCACCGAGGAACUAAAGCGGGAACUGCACAAUGCCGGCCUGGCAACUGCCCGGGCCUACGGAAAUGCGCGGAACAUCCACUCCGGCGAGGAGAGCUCCGCGAUCAGCGUGAACAGUCCGCUGGAGGAUAUACUGGCCGAGAAGCUCGAGAAGCACAAGGACAGCCGGGAGCAGCGCAACCAGUUGUCCAACAAGGUGCUAGUGAUGCAGCCCAUUCUCCGCUUCCUCCAGCUGCUCUGCGAGAACCACAAUCCGGACAUGCAGAACCUGUUGAGGAACCAGAACAACAAGACGAACAACAACCUGGUCUCGGAGACGCUGAUGUUCUUGGACUGCAUAUGUGGCUCGACGACGGGAGGCCUAGGGCUACUGGGCCUGUACAUUAACGAGCACAACGUGGCCCUGAUCAAUCAGACCUUGGAGGCCCUCACCGAGUACUGCCAAGGACCGUGUCACGAGAACCAGAACUGCAUAGCCACCCACGAGUCGAAUGGAUUGGACAUUAUCACGGCACUCAUACUAAACAACAUCAAUCCGCUGGGCGAGAACCGCAUGGACUUGGUACUGGAGCUAAAGAACAAUGCCUCCAAGCUGCUCCUCGCCAUUAUGGAAAGCCGUGGCGACAGCGAGAAUGCGGAGCGCAUUCUGUACAACAUGAAUCCCAAGCAACUGGUGGAGGUGGCCUGCAAGGCCUACCAUCAGGAGGAGCUGAUUGACGAGCAGGACGAUGGAGAUGAUCCGGAUGCCGGGUCGGAUGACGACGAUGCCACCGUGAGUCCGCGGGAGGUGGGCCACAACAUAUACAUCCUGUGCCACCAGCUGGCGCAGCACAAUAAGGAGUUGGCCGGCCUGCUCAAGGCCUCCGAGGAUCCGCAGUCCGCCAGCUUUGACGCCAAGACGAGUCAGGCCCUGAUGUACUACGCCACGCACACUGCGCAGAUUGAGAUUGUACGAAAUGAUCGAACUCUGGAGCAGAUCGUCUUUCCCAUUCCCGAGAUCUGUGAGUACCUGACCACAGACACCAAAAUCAAAAUCCUCAACACAGCCGAACGGGACGACCAGGGAUCCAAAGUGGCAGACUUCUUUGACAAGGCAGAGGAAAUGUUCAACGAGAUGAAGUGGCAAAAGAAGCUAAGAAGUCAACCGUUGCUAUUUUGGAUUAGCAGUUACAUGUCGCUGUGGAGUAAUAUUCUUUUCAAUUGUGUGGUUGUUAUCAACAUGAUUGUGGCGUUUUUCUAUCCCUUUGAUAAUACUGUGCCAGAGCUGAGUUCUCACAUUUCCUUGCUAUUCUGGAUUAUAACUAUAUUCUCGCUUGUGAUUGUGAUAACGCUGCCCCGUGAGUCUGGGAUUAGAACUUUUAUCGGUUCCGUAAUUCUUCGCUUUAUCUUUUUACUGGGACCGGAGUCAACCCUUUGCUUACUGGGCGUAGUCACGGUCACUCUUAAAAGCGUUCACAUAGUGAGCAUAAUGGGCAAUAAGGGAACUCUGGAGAAGCAACUAAUCAAAAUUAUAACUGACUUUCAGUUACUCUAUCACUGCAUUUAUAUCGCAUUUUGCUUUUGCGGCCUAAUCUUUCAUCCCUUUUUCUACUCAUUGCUGCUCUUUGAUGUGGUCUAUCGUGAGGAGACGCUGGUCAAUGUAAUUCGAUCCGUCACCCGAAAUGGACGCUCCAUUGUUUUGACAGCGGUUCUGGCUCUGAUCCUAGUCUACUUGUUCUCCAUCAUUGGCUACAUGUUUUUCAAGGACGAUUUCCUGGUCAGCGUGGACUUUGAGGAGCAGGACAAUGCGUCGCCUCCGGCAGUUCCUUUGACUAUAUCAGUGCCAGUACCAGGAGAUGCAUGUGCUGCGCCAGAUGAAUUGGGCAAUUGUCCGGCAGCGAAAGAUGUGGCACCACCGAAUGCUGGGGGCGGUGAUGUGAAGGAGCGGUCCUGCGACUCGCUUGUCAUGUGCAUAGUCACCACUCUCAACCAGGGCUUACGAAAUGGUGGCGGCAUUGGCGACAUACUUAGGGCGCCUUCCAGCAAGGAGGGUUUGUUCGUGGCUCGUGUAAUUUACGACCUCCUUUUCUUCUUCAUUGUCAUUAUUAUUGUCUUGAACCUAAUUUUUGGUGUCAUUAUCGAUACAUUCGCCGAUCUGAGAUCGGAAAAGCAGCAGAAAGAGGCCAUCCUGAAGACAACCUGCUUUAUCUGUUCCCUAAAUCGAUCUGCCUUCGACAACAAGACGGUCAGCUUUGAGGAGCACAUCAAGAGCGAGCACAACAUGUGGCACUAUCUGUACUUCAUCGUCCUUGUGAAGGUCAAGGACCCCACUGAGUUUACCGGCCCCGAAAGCUAUGUGUAUGCGAUGGUGAAGGCCGGAAUCCUAGAGUGGUUCCCCCGCCUGCGCGCCAUGUCGCUGGCAGCCGUAGAUGCUGAUGGAGAGCAGAUUGAGUUGCGCAGCAUGCAGGCGCAGCUUCUUGACACGCAGCUACUCAUAAAGAACCUGUCAACCCAACUACACGAGCUUAAGGAUCAUAUGACGGAGCAACGGAAACAGAAGCAGCGCUUGGGAUUGCUCAACACAACAGCACACAGCCUCCUCCCGUUUCAGUGAGGCUGCUAGGAAUAUACAAUUAGUUUGUCACUUGAUUUUGGUUAACAUUCCCUAUGCAUCCGCAUAAAUGUAAACCCAAAAGUA